AUGCUGCCCUUCAGCCUGCUGUGGUUCCCUGACCCCACCUGCGAGGCGCGCUUCUCGCGCUUCUACGCCAAUGCGCACUUCAGGCGGCUGGACCUGCUGGGCAUGCGCAUGCGCCUGAUUGCCGUCUCCGUCAACCUCAUCACCCAGCUGCGGCGCCGCGGCCUGGACUUGACCUCCGCCACGGCGGCCCUCAUGGUGGCCUUCAACGCGUCCCUGGACGUCCUGUGGCACGCGUGGGCCGUGGGCGCCAACCCCGACCGGCGCAACAGGUUCAUGCUGGCGCGCCGCGUGGUGGGCUCCGUGGUCGCCCACAUCUUCCUGGGAGGGUAUUUUUCUGGGCCGGCGAGGACGCCUGGCGCGUUCGCCAGGCUGAUGUUCAUGAUGUCGGGGGUCUUCGAGCUGAUCGUGACCACCAUCGGCGUGCCGCUGCUGGUCAAGUACCACCUGCUGGUGCACGUGCCCAUGGUCGCGUGGCUGGGAUCAACGGUGCCCGCGCGGGUGUGCGCCGUGGCCCUGGAAACUCCCGAGGGCGUCGGGUACACCGGCAAAAUCUGGGGGGCUCUCGAUGCCCUGCUGGCGGGGGGUGGGACGGACGGCAGGCCGCCGCCCGGGGAGUGCUGCCGUCACAUUGUGUCGAUGAUUUUCGUGAUGGGGGUGCUGGCGCCGUCCUACGUGCUGUGGGCGUUCGAGUACAGCAGCCGGGCGAAGUGGUGCCGGCUGUGCGGGUCGGGCUGCCCGGAGUGCCCCCCGCUGACGAGGAGGCUGAUUGGGGGGCACUUGGUCGCGGGGGUGCUCGUGGCGGCGUGCUGCUGGCUGCUGCUGCACCCUAAUUUGGAGCUGAACUUGGGGGUUUAG